AUCCGCUCACCAGCUGCAAGCUGCCGUCUCGACUUACAAUAUUACAAUUUUAUAUUUUCGGUCGUCCUCCGCCGUAUUUUUUCAUCCUCGUUCCAUUUUCACACGUUCCCGAUCCACAAGAAAAUACCAAUAUGGGUGGAGAUUUUGGACAACUAAAAACUGACAUUCGUGGAGUUGUUACCACCAAAUUGUCUCCAUUUGAGCAAAAAGCAUUCAAAGGGCUCUUUUCUCAUGGAAUUCCCAAUUCCAUUAAAAGGACAGCCUCUAAUAUACCAUACAUUGUUCCACCAAUGAUUGUUGGUUAUAUUGUCUACGAUUGGGCUGUCCAUGCCCAUCAUGAAAGUUUGAGGAAGAACCCUGCUGAUUUUGCCAAUGAUAAAUAACUUUUUUUUUAAUUAUACUGAUUUUGUAAAAGUUAAUCAUCUUAAAUUACUGUAGAAAAAAUGUGUUUAUCAAACAUGAUUAUUUGUAAAGUAACAGGCAACAGUAAAAAGUAAUAAAAUGUAUUGAUUUGUUAUUAGCUUAAAUAAGUUACCUUAAUCAUUAAAUUAAUAAAAAUAAAAAUGGUUGAAUAUAACAAAAA